GAUCAAGAGAAGGAGCUUAAACAUACAGUUAUAUUAUUAAUUUCAAUUUAUUUCCUCCUGUUUUAUGGUUCCGUUGUUAUUUCGCCCGGCAGUCUUUCAUCGAUGGACAGGAAGUAGAGCUUGGAAGAUAACCGUCAAUGUUUCCUGGUUGGGAAGUGAAGGAUGAAGGAUGAGAUGUUGCCUUUAGGGAUCUGAAGAGAUUAAUCUAAGUUUUGCAUUUGUUUACCUCCUAAAUUAAGACCUUUAAAAUGUUCCAGUCAUUCAUUAAAGGACAUAUGGACCAAAAGGGAGUGUGAAUAAAAAAUACAAUUCAUUUUAAUGAUAUGAAAAGUUAAUAUCUUGUCCCCACAAUAAAAGAAAACACUCUUUUGGACUUCAGGUGAUCCGUACUGAUGCUCACUCGUAUACAUUACAUUGUUUUGUUAUAUCACUGCCCCACAGUCGCAUGAAUCACUUGGUCCCCACUUUAUUCUUAGCCUUUCUUUUAAUAGCACCUCCAACUGUCACAAGCAUGCUGUCUCUGCCCGUCUCACACACUCUCAGACACACACACACACACACAUCUUGGUUGAUAACAUUAUCUAAAGGGCUUGGAGUGUGGGAGCUUGUGUGUGUGUCUGUGUCUCUCUCUGUGUGUGUGUGUGCAGGUCAAACAUGGCAGCUCAAGAAAUGUGACCUAUCCGUGGUGGUGCAGCUGUCGUGUCCAACCUGAGGGAGUUGGGGGUGAGGCGGUGAGAUGGGAGAGAGAGAGAGGGAGACGGAUAAUAUGAGCUGGUUAAAGCCCUGACAAGCUGGAAGAGCCGAGGUUUCUCCAGGGUCAAAGCUGCUGGGAGGGACCACGGCCAUGGCUGCUAAUGCUACAUGAUCUCGGGUGGACUUACACCUCCAGCCUGAGCUCGCUAAAGGACACGGAGAGACAAAUGAUUUGAGAUGAGACAUUUUGCUGGAUGGAUCCGGUUACCUUCACUUGGACUUUGCGGGGAUGUCCAAAGGGAUUCUUUUGGGCUGUGGAGGCAGGAGUGAGUCCUCAUUGUGAAGGCUAAGGUCGAGGUCGAGCUCAGAGGCGUCUGAACCGAUGGAGUCUUUCAAUAACCGCUGAUCCCAAAAUCAAUUACCAGAGAGGACAGCCCUGAAACAAAUCAACAUGUCAGACCGCCCUGCAUCCAGUCCUAGUGCCAGCAGCACUAAUCCAAAGAGGCCCAGAGUCUCCAAGAACCCGGGCGCUGAUGGUACAGAACCAGCACCACCAGCUUUCAUCCGUAAACUCCGUAAAGCAGCGGUGGGGACCGGCUGUGACAUCCGACUGAGGGUAUCUGUUUCGGGGUUUCCGAAACCUUCUCUGAGCUGGUUCCACAACGAUGAGCUUCUACCUCCUUCUGAAAACCAGGACUCCGGGGGUCUCUGGAUACGGGACUGCCGCACGAGUGACGCUGGCCUGUACGCUUGCGUGGCGACCAAUGAGCUGGGAGAGGCGAGAUGCAGCGCUGUGUUGGCCAUUAUGGACCUGGGUGAAGACUCUGAGACCACAGAGGAUGAGACCACAGAACCUCAGAUGGAAACCAAAGAAGGGCUCGGGAGGCACCAGGAGAAGGCUGGGAGGAGAGGACAUCCAGGUGAAGGAGGAGGGAUGAUGGACUAUAACCCAGAUGCUCCAGAUCGCAGAGCCACCCUCCCCGGUGGUUACGACCCAGUAGUGGAACGGGAGCUCCGCACUCUCGGCUCCCGUCCUCCGGGGUCCCACUACGACCCCACAAACCCAGCCAGAACGCACAGUGCUGCCGAAUCCUCCAAUGCCCCCCUGUCUUCUACCCAGCCUCCUCCCAGUUCACACAAAAACGGCACCAAUUCCCCGAACCAAGACCUGGACAAAGUUAAAGCUUCAGAUCCUCAGUCUAAGGCAGAUCAGGCAUCAAGUGUAGUCAUGACACCUAAAAUGGCUCGAGCAGGGCCCAAGAUCUUCGAUAAAGUCCGUGCUUUCGAGGAGAGGAGAUCCAGCGUCGACCCGCCAGGAGGAGCACCAGCAUCCGGGCUUGGAAGGGCAAGUUCCUUCGACUCGGACGACAGCGGGAAGAAGGCAGGAGGCCUCAGCAAAGAGGAGGGUCGACUCCUGCAAGGGGUGGCCCAGAAGCGAGCGGCGUUCAAGCAACGGGCCUCGUCUCUGGAGGACAAGACGAGCUACUCCCAGAGGGUCCAAAGCUACCAGAGCAAGUUCGCAGAGGAGCUGCAGAGGAUCAAGAAGCUGGUGGGGAAACCGAGCUUGAAGAAGGCGUACUCCACCGAGCAGCUGUCCCAUAAAGAGAGGCAGACCGCGGGGACGGGGAAGCUGGAGCCCAUCCCACCCCAAGUGGUGAAGAAGCUGGAGGCCCGGGAGCGAGCCCUGGGGGACGCCAACGCUUGGGACUCGCAGGGCAAAGAUCUGAGGAAUCAAAGCAACAACCCCGAGGAAGGAAAGAUGACACAGCCAAAUCUACCGUCAGGGAAAAUCUCUGUUACCAUGGAGACUGCACCAGAUAACCAGUUACUAGGGCAACCAUUGCCAACAGCUACAAGGACGAACCUCGCCAGGGAACCCCGACAAAGCUCUCCGGCAGCUGACAAAGGCACACUUGUUGCCACAUCUCAUAAAUCCUCAUCCCCCAUUAGAGACCUGGGGACCGAUCCAAAGAGGGACGCCAAGACGGAAGACAGAUCGGACGGAAGAUCGCCGAGUCCAAGCGGGAAGAGAGUGUCGCCGAUAACUGUGAGGCAACCCGGGUCCCAGUAUCCACCCAAGCCACCCAGACUCACCCCAUCGCCCACGCCCUCCAUCAGCCCUCUCGUGAAAAGGAGGAAGGCGGAGGCGGGGCGGGCAUCUCCAGCCCUGAAGUUGAACAUCCCCACGAUCCUGGUGGAGGAUGAGCCCAUGGAGAUGGAGUGUGAACCGGACCAGAGCAGGACCAGGAGGACGGAGGGGAGGGUUCGCAAGAGCAAGAAGGGGAGAUCUGUUCAACCCAGGUCUCCAGAGGAAGGAGGAUCAUCCGAUGACUCCUACCUGUCUGCAGACGAAGAACCAGCUGAGGCUCCGAGGUUCGAGAGGCCUCUUCAGGACGUAACAGCAUGCAGCGGUGUAGAAAUCAGGCUGAAGUGCAUCAUCACUGGGAGCCCACCCCCUACAGUCACAUGGAGGAAGAACAACGUGGAGAUACGGAGCGACGCUUUCCAUGUGGUGAAGUCCGAGGGCGAGCGGCACAGUCUGCUGAUAAAGCACAUGAGGAAGAACAACGCCGGGGCGUACUGCGUCUCAGCCGUCAACACGGCGGGCCGGGCGUCCUGCAGCGCCACCGUCUUCAUCAAAUCAGAGCUGACCCACACGCAAUGUGGGAAACAGGCCUCAGAGGUCAGCAGUCCCAUCCAGUCAGACGAGGAGUAUCUGAGCCCUCAGGAGGAGGCGAUGGAGCUCGGGGAGACGCCUGCUCCCAUUAAGAGGGUCCGCUUCACAGAGCCUCCCUCGUUCCAGGCGGCUCCAUGUGAUCAGGGCGUAACUGAAGGUCAAGACGUCAUCAUCUCAGCUAAGAUCACAGGGCAGCCCAAACCCAUGGUUUACUGGCUGAAGGACAGAGUCACGCUGAAGACGGCGGGGCGCUUCGCCGUGCGGGAGACGGGCGAGUGCGGCAGUGAAUUGAGAAUCAGCUCGGCUCAGAGGUCGGACGCGGGGCUUUACGUCUGCAGGAUCAUCAACGAGUACGGGAGCAAGCAGGCCGAGUGCAGAGUGGAGGUCAAAGCUGGAGCACAACUAGCUCUAAAAAUCACCAGGCAGGUUGAGGAUGUGGCGGUGAGGGCUGGAGGGUCGGCCAUGUUUGAGUGUUACAUGACCGGACCUCCAGACGUUGAUGUGGACUGGCUCUCCAACGGGAAGCUGAUUCAGCCGGCGCUCCUCAACUGCAAGAUGCACUUCGAUGGAAAGAGGUGUCGUCUGCUGCUGAACUCUGUACACGAGGAUGAUAGUGGGACUUACAUCUGCAAGCUGAGCACUGCUAAAGAGGAGUUAACCUCAAGUGCACACCUCAGUGUCACCCCGUCCAAGGACCCUCUCUUCACCCGCAAACUGGACAUCCUGGAAGUCAUCGAAGGCCGCACCGCCCGCUUUGACUGCAAGGUGAGCGGAUCACCUGCUCCACGAGUCACAUGGAUGCACUUUGAGACGAGAGUGGAGGAGAGCGAUAAUGUUCGCAUCCUCCAGGAGGGGGGUCGUCACUCGCUUGUCAUCGCCCACGUUAGCAGCGACACAGAAGGCUUCUACACCGCAGUCGCACAGAACAUUUAUGGAAAGUCUGACUGCACCGCUGAGCUCUACAUGCAGGAACCUCGAGCUGCCAUCUCCUCUCACAUGUCCAAGCUGGAGAAGAUGCCAUCCAUCCCAGAGGAGCCUGAAGUGCUAGAGGGCGAGUUGGAGAGGAGGACCAUGCCAGACUUCGUUAAACCUCUGGCUGACGCGGAGGUGAUUGAAGGCAAAGAGGUGAUGCUGAAGUGUAAGGUGGCUGGGCUGCCUUACCCUACCAUCGGCUGGUACCACAAUGGGAAGCGGAUCGAGAGCAGCGAAGAGCGAAAAAUGACCCAGCACAGGGAUGUCCACAAUCUGGUAAUUCGGAGUGCUUGUCAUGCUCAUGGAGGCGUCUACAAGGCCGUCAUCUCCAAUAAAGUGGGCAAAGCCGCCUGCUACGCACAUCUAUACGUCACAGAUAUUGUUCCUGACCCUCCUGACGGUCCUCCUGUGAUCGAGGCUAUCACAGGGAAAACUAUAACCCUCAGCUGGAAGAAGCCAAAGAGGCUGGACUCUUCAUUCGAUGCAGGCUCCUUACUCUACGUGGUCCAGCAGCAGCCUCUGGGAUCCAUCCAGUGGUCUGUGGUGGCGUCCAACCUGAGGGAGGCCAGCUACACCCUAACCUCCCUGUCCAAAGGAGUCCGCUACGCUUUCAGAGUUCUGACGUCGACUGGGAAGACAUUAAGCAAACCAUCACCUUCCACUGACCUGGUGCAGCUGCUGGAUAGAGGACCUUAUUUAAGGAAAGCACCGGUCAUCACAGACAAACCUGACAUCGUUUAUGUGGUUGAGAACCAACCUGCGACCAUCACCAUCACGCUGAACCACGUGCACGCAGUUGUUACCUGGAAAAGGAGAGGCGUCGUGUUGGCCAACAAGCCGGGGACUUAUGAGAUGAGCAUGCCAGAUGACGACCAGCACACCCUGAAGCUACAGCGAAUCAAGAGCACAGACAUCGGUCAGCUGGUGGUCACUGCCAGCAACCAGUUUGGCAGCGACCUCUGCACGCUGCAGCUCGCCAUGGCAGUGUCUCCAAAGUUUGAGUCCAUCAUGGAGGAUGUGGACGUGCACGUUGGAGAGACUUCCCGUCUGGCUGUUGAGGUUGAAGGGAAGCCAGACCCAGAUAUUCUGUGGUUCAAGGAUGAUAUGCUCCUCUCUGAGAGCAGCCACUUCACAUUCGUGUACGAUGACCCGGAGUAUUCACUCGUCGUCUUAAACGCCCGACCCGAACACUCUGGCGUGUACACCUGCACCUCCAAGAACCUGGCCGGCUCCAACUCCUGCAAGGCCGAACUCACGGUGCACACAGAGCGACAAGAACCUGCAGAGCCAAUGGAGGACGAGGGAACCAUCCUGAGGAAAAUGAGGCGUUUGACAGAUUAUUAUGAAGUCCACAAAGAGAUAGGGAGGGGAGCCUUCUCCUACGUGAAGCGGGUGAAUCAGAAGAAGGGAAAGGCCGAGUUUGCCGCUAAGUUCAUCUCCGCUCGAGGGAGGAGGAAAGCCGUGGCCCUCAGAGAGAUGGAGCUGCUGUCUGAGCUGGACAACGAGAGGAUUCUUUAUUUCCAUGACGCCUUUGAGAAGAAGAACGUGGUGGUGCUCAUCACAGAGCUAUGUCACGAGGAGCUGCUGGAGAGGAUGGCCAAAAAAACCACGGUGAAGGAAGUGGAGAUCCGCUGUAGUGUGCAGCAGCUCCUGGAAGGGCUUCGUUACCUCCACCAGAAAAACAUCGCCCACCUUGAUUUAAAGCCGGAAAACAUCCUCAUGGCGAAUCCUGGGAGCGACCGGAUCCGCAUUUGUGACUUUGGUAGCGCAGUUAAACUGGAGACGUCGGAGGAGUUCUACUGCAAGUACGGCACGCCAGAAUAUGUGGCACCGGAGAUUGUUAAUCAAACUCCUGUCUCUGCUGCAACAGACAUAUGGCCUGUCGGUGUCAUCACUUACCUCUGUUUGACUGGUGUGUCUCCUUUUGCCGGCGAGAACGACAGAGCCACCGCCUUAAACAUCCGUAACUACAACGUGGCGUUUGAGGAGAGCAUGUUUGCAGACCUCUGCAAGGAAGCGAAGGGAUUCGUCAUCAAGCUUUUGGUGGUGGACAGACUGAGGCCCAGUGCCGUCGAGUGCCUUCGCCAUCCGUGGUUCAAGUCACCAACAAACAAGAGCAUCAGCACAGCGAUGCUGAAGCAGGUUUUGUCUCGGAGGCGCUGGCAGCGCUCUCUUAUCAGCUACAAAUCCAAGAUGGUCAUGCGCUCCAUCCCGGAGCUGUUGAACGACUCAUCCAGCCACGUCUCCAUCGCUGUGGCGCGGCACUUAAAAGAAGGCUCCCCUCCGCCCUCGUCCUCCUCAGACUCGGAUGCAGAUGUGGACGAGCUCCCCUUUAUUCCCAUGCCGCUCUCCAUGGCGUUCUCUGGUUCCAGGGUGUCCCUUAAUGAGAUCCCAGGGGACGAGGACGCUACUCUGCGGCCCUCUGUGAGUGCCAACGGGACCAGGAGGAAGGACAACAUGGAGAUAGCCGGUUCAAGAGGAGGAGUGGAUGAAAGAGAGAUAGAUGAGGAAGAAACUGCAAAUGAGGAGGAUAUGGAAAUGACAAAGCAAGCUCCCUUACAGAAAGGCUUGAGUGUGGAGACUGAGGAUUCACAGACCAAAAGCAGGCGGGCCACGAUGAGGAGAGGCAGCUCUGCUGAUUCAGCACUGCUCCUCCACAUCGACCCAGAAGAGGAAGACCCCAGUAAAGAUUCAGAAGACAGCAGCAAGAGCCUGAAGAAGGCAGUUUCUAUGGAACUACCCAAUCGCAGCCCGAGCCCCGGGGCGGCAAAGCUAAGCCAGGAGGAUUACGCCCUGAAACUGGAACUGAUGAGGCAGCGGCUGCUCAGGGGAGGCAGCGCCGACAAGAAGAUGAGCGGCCUGCGAGGGCCCCUGUUUGAAACCCUCGGCAUGGAGGAUGAGAGGCGGACCGGGUCUCUGGAUCGCAACUUGAGGAAAUCAAGAACCAGUCCCUCGUCGCUCACAAGAGCAGCAUCUUCAGAGACUCCGGCUGAGGACAUGCCAAAGACUAAAGUCUUCCGUAAGAGCGCCUCCUUCACUCAGGGAGACUCUGAGCCCAUGCCCCUGCACCGCAGGUUUGGAGCCCCCUUAGAGAUCCCAUCGGCAGGCAGCGGCAGCGUAGAGGGGAAGAAGCUCCAGGAGGCAACCUCAAUGUCUGCACUGACAGAACAAUCAUCACUGGAGUCCAUCUCUCCUUUGGAUAGGACUUCUUUUAUAUUCCCACCGUCAAGAAGAUCGGACCAACAGCAAAACCAUGAGGAGAUGAAGAGUUCGAGGGAGGAGACACUGGAGAGAAGGACCAAAACUCAGUCAGAAGAAUCAGAGGCUCGAUCUCCUUCUGUUGUUACUCCUAUCAUUGUAAUCGAGGAGGAGGAUGAUGAAGACGACAGGAGAGAGACUCAGGAGUUACAGAUUCAUGAGAGGGAUGUGGAGGAAACUGAUAAUAAAGCCUCAUCUGUAAAUACGAGUCUCCCUCAGGAGGCUCCUCAAACAUCAGACAAAACCCAAACAAAACAUGCGGCUACAACGGCGAAUUCAAACGGCACAAAGUCUCCAGGUACCCCCACGCCACCUGAGCACGCAGCUGUGUUUUCUAAAGUAGCAACAGGGGAUAGAUCUCCUCUGUCCACAUCGUCAAACCCUGAUCUCCCCGCCCUCCCCCGCCAGCCUGUGCUCAGAACAGACAUAAAAGACAUCGAUUCGGAGGAGCUCUUUGAAGCUCGCUUCAAAAAGAGAGAGUCCUCUCUGACCCGCGGCCUCCGGAAACUGACCAGAAACAAAUCAGAGGAGAAAUCACCUGUGCUGGGCCGGAAAGACUUACAGGGGGGCGAGGAGGUUUACAGGCCGGGGCCCAGAGGGGCUCCGCUGGAAAUGGUGGCCACAGGACUGCAGGAGAAAUCCAAAUCUGUCCAGGAUUUAAGAGUGGAGGAUAAGGACCCAGGACUUGGUCUGAUUGGGAGGUUCUCCCUCCGGGGUAAGAGGUCAACAUCCGUAGAUAAGAAGGGUGAGAAACCAAAGGAGGAGAAGCAACAGGAUGUGAAGGAAAGUGCCGUGAGCAAGAGGGUGUCAUGGGCGAUCGGUCGCAGUAAGUCCCUGGACACAAAGGAGCUGAGCAGUGCACAGAAGCGGCUGGAAGAAAAGGAACAGAAGAAAGCCGAGGAGUCGUCUGUGUCCGCGAUGAGGCGCAGGUUUGAGUCCAAAGUGGCGGGGAUCUCUGCCAAAAUCCGGACGCAGUCAGAGGAGAGGAAGGAUAAAGACAUCGGGGGGAGUCAGAAAGAUCUGAAGAAGGUCUCAGACUCUCCGGUUCUGGCAAUGAAAAACAAGUUUGAGAACAAAGUGGCCGCAGUGUCUUCAAAGAUCCGGAGCCAGUCUGAGGAGAGGAAAGAGGACACGGAGGGGAAACGGACGCCACUGUUCGCACGCCAUCGUCAUUCCCAAUCUGAGGGGCGAGGGCUGAAAGGAAUGGGGAUCCCCGAGAAUCAACUCGCCAAACAAACGGGCACCGCUGCAUCCAAGGAGUCGAUCGAUUCCACUACUAGCAUCCAAUCUGAAAAAGCCUCAGAGAGCGACAGGCGGUCUCGGUGGGACAGGUGGGGUUUGUCCAGGGGCAAGAAAGACAAAACGCCAUCUCAGACUGAUCUGCCUUCAUCCUCCACCUCUAAAGAGGAGGGUCUGUCCAAGAGCCAGCAGUUCAUCCGCUCUGCUUCAGACUUCGCCCCUGUGUUCCACAUCAAACUGAAAGACCACGUCCUGUUAGAGGGGGAGACUGUCACUCUGAGCUGCCUUCCAGCUGGAAGUCCUCAUCCAGAGAUCACGUGGAUGAAAGAUCGUAAACCGCUCGAGGUGGAGGACCGGGUCAGCUUAGUCUCACACCCGGAUGGGAGGCAGCUUCUUAUGAUCAUGAAGUCCAGCAGGAAGGACGCUGGAGUUUAUGAAUGUGUCGCUACCAACGCCAUCGCUACCAUCACCACCUCCUGCACGCUGUCCAUCGCCUGUGUCCCAAAACGUCCAGGCACCCCUGAAGUCCCCCAGACCUACAACAACACGGCCCUGGUGCUGUGGAAGCCAGCAGAAACCAAGUCUCCAUGCAGCUACAACCUGGAGAGGAAGACAGAGGGUGAUUUUAAAUGGACGACAGUGGCCACCGGGAUCGUUGACUGUUACUACAACGUCUCAGAUCUACCACCAGGAGGUGCCUUCAGAUUCAGAGUCUGCUGUGUCAACAAGGCAGGACAGGGACCGCACAGCAGCAGCUCUGCGCCUGUCAGCCUGGACUCCUCAGCUGCAGCAGCUCCACCCACCAUAGCCAUUGUACAAACCGCUCCACCUGCACCUGUAGUCACCUCCUCAGUCACCGUACCUCCACUCAGACCCGCUCAGAACAACACCCCCAGAGUCACUGUCUCCACCAUCACCUCCACCUGCACCUCUCCUUCACCUGCAGUAGAAACAACCACUCAGAAGAUCAGCUCCAGCCUCCCCUCCUCACCCACAGUCAAACCUCCUCCCCCCUUUGUCCUCCCCAAACCUCAAAGCCCCAUCAACGUGGUGUCCCCCAUGACUCAGACCCCACCUAUGUCCCCGCCUCCACCUCUCGUAACCCCUCCGUUAACACCGACCAAACCGACGGUGGCUUCUGUGCCCACGUACGUCCCCACCACCACCAUCACCGCCCGGGUCGCCCCGAGUCCUGUCUCCUUCACCCCACAAGUGUUGCAGACCUCCAGCUUGAGCCCCAUUGCUGACGGAGCCAAUACCCCCACUAGAGGCACCCCGUCAGGACGAGCUACGCCCUCCACUGCUCUGCGACAAGGGGUGCCACAGAAACCGUACACCUUCCUGGAUGAGAAGGCCAGAGGUCGUUUUGGGGUCAUCAGAGAGUGCCGUGAGAACACGACAGGCAGAGUCUACAUGGCGAAGAUCAUUCCCUACAGCCAGGACGACAAACAGGGCAUCCUGAAGGAGUAUGAGAUCCUGAAGUCGCUCCACAACGAGAAGGUCAUGGCUCUGCACGAAGCCUACGUCACGCCACGCUACCUGGUGUUAGUGGCCGAGUACUGCACCGGCAAGGAGCUGCUGUACAGCCUCGUAGACCGGUUUCGUUACUCUGAGGAUGAUGUGGCGGGAUACCUGGUCCAGAUCCUGCAGGGAGUCGAGUACCUACACAACCGCCGCGUCCUCCACCUGGACCUGAAGCCAGACAACAUCAUGGUGAGCAACCUGAACGCCAUCAAGAUCGUGGACUUUGGCAGCGCUCAGAGCUUCAACCCGCUCAGCCUCAAACACAGAGAGUCAGGAGCAGGGACGCUGGAGUACAUGGCUCCGGAGAUGAUAAAAGGUGAAGUGGUUGGUCCUCCUGCAGAUAUUUGGAGUGUUGGAGUCGUCACACACAUCAUGCUCAGUGGUCGGCUGCCCUUCGAAGAUAAAGACCCUCUCCAAGUGGAAUCCAAAAUCCUGAUGGCGAAGUUUGACCCCUCUAAACUCUACCCCAAUGUGUCCCAAAGUGCCUCCGCCUUUCUCAAGAAGAUGUUGAGCAGUUACCCGUGGGCUCGUCCGACUACCCGAGACUGCUUCUCCUUGGCCUGGCUGCAGGACUCGUACCUGAUGAAGCUAAGGAGACAGACCCUCACCUUCACCUCCAGCCGCCUCAAAGAGUUCCUGGUGGAGCAACAAAGCCGGCGCACAGAGGACGCCACCAAGCACAAGGUGCUGCUGCGCACCUAUCAGAGCUCACCCAAGUCCCCGGGGUCUGGGACGGCACCACGAGUCCCGGGGCCUUAAGUGAGGGGACGAGGAAAAUACAGUGAUGUACUUUUGAGUUUUUGCAUCUUAAGUCAUCUGUGAGCCAACACUGCAUGCAGGUAUCCGCCUCAGGACGGGAAGAGAAGGAGGAGAGCAGAAGUACCUGCAGAUGACGUUGACUUCAACAUUCAGAGUGAAGCAGAAGACGUUUUUUUAAGAGUUGAUGACCUGCUCAUACUUCCCCGAAAGGACACGGGAUGUUCUUUGGUUUUCUUUGAUUGCACAAUUUCUCCGUCACAUUGUGAUUUCUGAAAUUGCACACUGAUGAUUAAUUUAGAUGAACUCUGUCCUCCACUCUGCACGAUCAGCCUGGAACAUGUGUAUCAUUAGCGUUUCUACUUGUUUAUGUCACUGAAUAUAGUAGUAAACAACUCAUGUGAAUGUACCAUGAUGAUUUAAGCUGCUAAUUUAUUUUGCAUUGACUUCUACAUUUAAAAAUCAAAGCUAAAAAUAUGAUUUUUCUCUUGAACUUGUUUACUUUUUUCAUGUUAAUUUAUUUGCAUGUGUGUGUGCGAGCUUCUUUGGUCACUUUUUGAAUUAGCAUCAAGGGGGAGAAAAAAUAAGGAGUGUCUUUGUGAUUGGUGUUCAGAUUCAAGCGGUCAAAACGGACUGUUUUAGGGUGAGGUAGGAACUUUUGGUACAACUUCUUUUAUCUGUGGUUAAAACACUGACUGUAACAGGACUUUGGAAAGCAGUCUGUUCUGUAGAUAAGUAUCCUUUGAUUAGUCAAACACUGGUAAGUUGCUGUGGUUUCUCAGUAUUACCCGUCAGAUCACCCAGUCAGUGCCUGAAUCGGAUUAACAUCCAAAAUAUCGCUCUUGUAAAUGUGUCUCCAAUUGAUGACUUAUUUGAACAAAGCAAACAUUUGACUGCAAUAUUAGGACUUUACUACGACAAAGAGACGCUUUUAGAUUCUUACACACAUGCACACACGUACAGAACAAGCAGUCCUUGUAAUAAUAGAACGUCUUGUGUAUUGAUCUAUCGCAGUGAUCCUUUUUGUAUGACUUUGGACGGUUGAAGAUUUGUAAAUGUACCAAUUUGCGGUGUUUAUAUGUGGAAAAAGUUGAGAUGUUUUUAUGAGAUAGUCUGUAAUAAACUGUUGAUACAAUUGGGAAAA